UGUAUGUUCUCAUGGAAGACUGCCGUGACCAAAUGUUCCAGAGCAGCAUUUAUAAGGGUCAUCCCAGGUGAGGCUUUGGCUUGAGAGGAAAGGAGAAGGCAAGUGGUGAUCACUAAAGCAUCUAAAGGAGGACGUGCAGGGAUGAGACCCAUUGACCACAGCGUGCUGAAAUGUUGCCUCUUCUCUCUACUCUUGCUACCAGUGUCUGCAGCAGACCCUCCAUCCAAUGCAGCCAUUUUAGCUAGUGAAACGACUGCAGGCAAUGCAUCCAAUACAGCCAAUGCAGGCCAAGCACCCAAUACAUCCACUAAUACAUCCAACACAGCCAGUACAAACCAACCAUUCAACACAGCCAGUACAAACCAACCAUCCAACACAGCCAGUACAAACCAACCAUCCAACACAGCCACUUCAUCCAGGGCAACGACACCCUCCUGUACAACACGUCGAUGUCUGGCCAGCAUGCUGAUUGCGAAAGAAGCUCUGAGUCAGCCACAGUCUCCAUCAUGCAUCUCAAAUAUCAGUGUGCCGUUAAUAGUGUAUGAAACUCUGUCUGUCGACACAAAAGAUCUCCGCUUCGAGAGUCAUCUGCAAGUCAUGUUGUCUUGGGAAGACCCUGAUUUAUCAUGGGACACAUCAGUCUAUCAUCAUGAUAUGGUGGUGCUGCCUGUCAGCAAAAUCUGGACUCCUGAACUCCAUGUGACUAAUGGAGUGCAAACAACGAUAAAGCACGGCAACAAGGAUUUACUGGUGCACAGCAACGGGACUAUAGAGCACAUGGUCAUCAUGAACACUGUGGUGGGCUGUGAGGUCAAUCUGUACAACUACCCCUUCGCUUCAGAUUUCUGCCCCAUCGCCAUCAAUGUAUGGGCACUUAAAGGAUGUGGCAUGUUCCUGAACUUUGGGAAUGUGAGCACAACUAGUGCAAACCGUGGAGACUGGCUAACCGAGAACGUGGAACUCGAUGCGAAAGGAGGCAGAGAUGAUCGCAACUAUCUAUGGGUGUCGCUGAAAAUGCGGUCUGAAAACCCGUUUCUGUCCCUGGUCCUGCCCAGUAUACUGAUCAUUGUGGCAGAUGUGGUGAGCUUCUCCCUGCCACUGGGAGGGGGCGAGCGUAUCUCAUUCAAGGUUACACUGGUUCUCAGCUUCAUCAUGUUCCUCAUCAUCCUCAACGACCUACUGCCUGGAGGAGGCCAGUGCAGCCCCAUCAUCCGAAAGCACUUCUGUUUCUGUUUGGUCAUCCUGGUGUUGAGCACGUUGCAGUCUAUGGUGCUGACACGCCUGGCUAAGUGUGGCACUCUCUGGCCCUGCAGCCUCUCCAAGUCCAAAGACUCACUGCUUAAAGACACAGACAAUGAAGAGGAAUCCAAGUCUGAUAUUAAAGCCUCAGAGGAAGAGAAGAAUACAGCCCUCCAGAAGGUGGUGAAGUUUCUCAACAAAAUGGCUGCACAAGACCAGAAAAAUGCUAUACACCAUCGCUUUGCCAACAAAGUGGACUUGAUCUGUUUCUGUAUCUAUCUCACCGUCCUCAUUGUUUAUGCAGUCGUCAUUUUAUAUUUCUCCUUUGGUUCUCAAUGUAAGAUCAACCAAUUAGAUUUCUGGUCAUAAAUUCUUUAUUCGCUUUUAACAACCAUUUCAAAAAAUAUUGGUGUAUUUGGGUCUUCAGAAAUUUUGCAAGCACAAACAAAAAGCUAGUUUUGAAUUUCUGGGUAAAAUAAAUAGAUGUUUAUUCUGAAGUAGGGCUUUAACAAUAUUUAUAUAAACACGUUUAGAACUAGCCAGUCAUAUGUGUAAUAAUACAUUUAGCAAUUAGGGCUCUAAUGAAUACAUGUAAUGGGGACUGAAGCACUGUAAUCCCCCAGAAGAGGCCUAGAACUCUAAUGAAUACAUGUAAUGGGGACUGAAGCACUGUAAUCCCCCAGAAGAGGCCUAGAACUCUAAUGAAUACAUGUAAUGGGGACUGAAGCACUGUAAUCCCCCAGAAGAGGCCUAGAACUCUAAUGAAUACAUGUAAUGGGGACUGAAGCACUGUAAUCCCCCAGAAUAGAGGCCUAGAACUCUAAUGAAUACAUGUAAUGGGGACUGAAGCUGUAGUAUUAGUAGUGUGGAAACAAAUCAGUGUGUUAUUUCCUAUAGAGGCAGUGUGAAGACCUUAUUAUCUCCUAACUAAGCAGGUUCUCAACCUCAGGCUGAGAUAUCAAAUAGUCUCUCGAUCAUCUCCUCCACCUGCGCUGGGCUGUAUUUGUGGUAUCUCUCAGGGUGUUUGGAGAAAUCAUGGUCACAUCUGUGUAAAGUACAGGUAAAGGACCAUAAUAAAUGAAUAUCACUG